CUUCACCAUCGAGUCAAUUCUGCUCCUGGACACUUAAUUCCUCUAUCAGAGAUCCAUUGACCAUGUCUGCCCCCAUCUACCUCGGCAUCAUCGGCGUCGGCGGCGUCGGUACAGCCUUCCUACAACAACUCUCCCGCCUCCCCAACGCCCCGAAGCUAAUCCUCCUGGCUCGGUCCACGCAAACCCUCCUCUCGCCCACGCCGAGCUACACGCCCGCCAUCCCCGCGACCGACUACCAAACGGCGAGCGCCAGCCCCUCGCUCACCAAAUCGGGGGCACUCUCGCCCGAAGAAAUGGCCUCUUACCUCUCCUCGGCCCCGGGGCGGUCCAUUCUCGUCGACAACACCAGCGACCCCACCCUAGCGGCCUCGUACCCGGUCUUCCUCCGCAAGGGGGUCUCGAUCGUCACGCCCAACAAGAAGGGAUUCUCCUCAGACCUGUCCCUGUGGAAAGACAUCUUCGCGUCGGCCGCGGCCGGCAACGCCCUGGUGUACCACGAGAGCACCGUGGGCGCGGGGCUCCCGGUGAUCUCGACGCUGCGGGACCUCGUCUCCACCGGGGACGAAGUCACCCGCAUCGAGGGCGUGUUCUCGGGCACGCUGUCAUUCCUGUUCAACACGUUCGCCCCCGUGUCUGGGGCCUCGGGCGCGAAAUGGAGCGAGGUGGUCAGCCAGGCCAAGGAGCUGGGAUACACGGAGCCCGAUCCGCGGGACGAUCUGAAUGGGAUGGACGUGGCGCGGAAGCUGACCAUCCUGGCGCGCAUUGCCGGCCUGGAGGUCCAGGCGCCCGACGCGUUCCCUAUCGAGUCGUUGAUUCCCGAGGAGUUGGCCGCGUUGCCGUCCACGGGCGAGGGCGUCACCACUUUCAUGCAGAGAUUGCCCGAGUUUGAUGCCCAGAUGGCGGAGAUCAAGGAGAGUGCGGAGAGGGAGGGCAAGGUGGUGCGGUAUGUCGGUAGUAUCGAUGUGGCGAGGAAGGAGGUCAGGGUGGGGUUGCAGAGGUUCGAUAAGGACAGUGCCAUUGCCGGCCUCAAGGGCAGUGAUAAUAUCAUUAGCUUCUAUACCAAGCGCUAUGGAAGUAACCCGCUCAUUGUCCAGGGUGCCGGGGCUGGUGGCGAUGUUACUGCUAUGGGUGUCACGGCCGAUUUGUUGAAGGUCGUGCAGCGCUUGCAGUAGGUUAGGUUGGUUG